GUUUCACAGCGUGUGCCGCUUUGAUAGCAGUCUCGAAUCGCGUGCAAGCUGCGAUAUCUUUUCUUUUUCCUACUGUUGCAAUUGCCAGGCGUUCUAGAGCAACAAUGUCUAGUUUUUUUGCUAUUUCCCUCGCCGAAGCACGCCUCGGUGCGACAGAAGAUUCUGCCUCAGCCGCACGAUUUCUGCACCGGUCGUUGCACAGGUCAGAUUCUCGUCCAGGUACGUACACCACCUACGUCGUUGGUACAGCUGCUGUAGCAUGCAGUCUUCCAACUGGUGCUCGUGUCUCAUCUCAUUUGUUUCUAUGGCUCGAACUCAAGGCGCCGUGUGUUACUGUCUCAACAUCGUUGCGUCGGCUGGCAUGUCACCCGUUGCAAGAGUCAUUCUGACCACCCUAGGUCACUGGGCUACUUGGUUGGGGGGGUAUAAAUGCUUGCUUGAAUCCUUGCUUGAAUGACGAGAUAAGACAGA